AUGAAUCCCAACAAUCCUCUCCACGACUACCUCGCCACCGAACAUGCCACCUCCCUCCUGACCUUCUACUUGAAUGGCACCCCGAUCUCCCUGCACAGCCCUCACCCGCAAUGGACGCUGCUGGACUUUAUCCGCGCGCAGGAUGGGUUGAAAGGCACGAAACUCGGCUGUGGCGAGGGCGGCUGCGGGGCCUGCACCGUCGUUCUGCAGUUUCGACAUCAUCGCACGAGACGGAUGGUGCAUCGUGCCGUGAACGCUUGUUUGUAUCCGCUUGUUGGGGUGGUAGGAAAACACGUCAUCACCAUUGAAGGCCUCGGUACUAUCGACCACCCGCAUCCUCUGCAGGAGCGCAUGGCGAAAUUGCAUGGAUCGCAGUCACUGGGUAGAUGCGGCUUUUGCACCCCCGGUAUCGUCAUGUCCCUCUACGCCCUCAUCCGUAACGCCUACGACCCCCGCACCCAGACCUUCACCCUCUCCGAAGACGAUAUCGAGAUGAAGGGCCAUCUCGAUGGCAACCUGUGUCGGUGUACCGGGUAUAAGCCGAUUCUGCAGGCGGCGAAGACGUUUCUACCGCUUCUGUCCGGGUCGUGCGGGAGGGCCGGGGGGUGUUGUCGGGAUGGGUCUGGGUCUCCUUGCUCGGACUCGGAGAGGGCCUCUUCAGGCCGGGCUGGUUCGUCGGGUUCGUCUGGCUCUGGCGUUGAAGGAGAAAGCUCCGCAUUGACGACCCCCGAUGAAAAGCCCAUCCCCCAGUUCGACUUCAUCCCAUAUCUCCCCCACACCGAGCUGAUAUACCCCCCCGCGCUGGCGCGGUUCGUUCCCCAGCUGCUGUACUACGCCGACGAACAGCGCGUCUGGCUCCGCCCCGUCACGAUCGAACAGACCCUCGCAAUCCUUGCGCAGUGUCCCUCGGCGACGCUGGUCGGCGGGGCCUCCGAGGUGCAGGUCGACGUGCGCUUCAGGAACCUGGCGGUGGACGUCUCCGUUUUCAUCGGGGACAUCGAAGAGCUCGCUCAGAUCCACCUCAUUGAAGACCGUGGCAUCAAACAGCUCGUCAUCGGCGGCAACGCCUCCCUCACCGACAUCGAGGAAGAAUGCCAGCGGCUCGCCCCCGCCCUCGGCCGCUCUGGCUCGCCCCUGUCCGCCAUGACCAAGGUGCUCCGCUACUUCGCCGGCCGCCAGAUCCGCAACGCCGCCUCGCUGGCCGGCAACAUCGCCACCGCGUCGCCCAUCUCCGACAUGAACCCGCUGCUCCUCGCGGUGAACGCCACCAUCGUCACCCGCACGCUGGAGUCGCAGCAGACCAACCCCAUGCAGACCCUCUUCCUGGGCUACCGUCGCACCGCCCUGCCAAAAGCCAGCCUGAUCACAGAAAUCCGCAUCCCCCUGGCCCCAAGCACCGCCCGCGAAUUCACGCAAUCCUACAAACAGGCCAAGCGCAAAGACGACGACAUCGCCAUCGUCACCGCCGCCUUCCGCGUGCGUUUGACGCCAGAUGAUAUGGUGGAGGAGAUCGCCCUCGCCUACGGCGGCAUGGCCCCGACGACCGUCCUCGCCCCGCGCGCCGCGGCUGUUCUCCAAGGGAAUAAAUGGGGCGUCCAGGCCGUUCUCGACGCGGCCGUCGAUGCGUUGUUGGCCGACUUUGAUUUGGUAUUUGGCGUGCCCGGGGGCAUGGCGACGUACCGGCGCACGCUGGCCGUGUCAUUCUUCGUGCGCUUCUGGCAUGAGGUUUGCGCUUCGUUUAACCUUGCUGCCCCUGGGGGUGUCCCUGGAGAAGUUCCUGCCUCUAUCCCUGAGGACCUAACGUCCGAAAUCCACCGCCACAUCUCCACCGGAGCCCGCGACGAAACCAACCCUUACGAACAGCGCGUCGUCGGCAAAGCCCUCCCGCAUCUCUCCGGCCUCAAACACGCCACCGGCGAAGCCGAGUACCUCGACGACAUGCCCCCGCAGCACCGCCAGCUCUUCGGCGCGUUAGUCCUCUCGCAGCGCGCCCACGCCAAGCUUUUGUCGGUGGACUGGACCCCCGCUCUAGCCCCGGGGUUGGCGGUGGGCUACAUCGACCACACCUCCAUCCCCGAGGGAAAAAACCUGUGGGGCUCGGUCGUGCACGACGAGCCCCUCUUCGCGGUCAACGAGGUGCAUGCGCACGGCCAGCCGAUUGGGAUGGUCUACGCCGAGACGGCCUUGCAGGCGCAGGCGGCUGCGAAGGCGGUCCGAGUGGAGUACGCAGAUCUGCCGGUGAUUUUGACGAUUGAUGAGGCGAUUCAGGCGGGGAGUUUCUUUCCGCAUGGCAAGGAGUUGCGGAAGGGUUUGAUUGGGAAGGAGUUGGAGGGGGUGUUUGCGUCCUGUUAUCGGGUGUUCUCGGGGACGACGCGGGUUGGGGGGCAGGAGCAUUUUUAUCUCGAGACGAAUGCGGCGAUGGCGGUGCCGAGUGCUGAGGAUGAGAUGUUGGAGGUUUGGUCGUCGACCCAGAAUACGAUGGAAACGCAAGACUUCGUCUCCCAAGUCACUUCCAUCCCCGCCUCCCGCAUCAACGCGCGUGUCAAACGCAUGGGCGGCGCCUUCGGCGGCAAAGAAUCGCGCAGUGUGCCGCUGGCCUGCUUCGUGGCGCUCGCCGCCCAAAAGACCCGGCGGCCGGUGCGCGCCAUGCUGGCCCGCGACGAGGACAUGAUGACCACCGGCCAGCGCCAUCCCGUGCAGUGUCGCUGGCGCGUCGGCGUGGAUGCCGCCGGCAAACUCCUCGCCCUGUCGGCCGACUGCUAUAACAACGCGGGUUGGUCGUUGGAUAUGAGCGGCGCCGUCAUGGAUCGCUGCUGCACGCAUCUGGAUAACUGUUACGAGAUCCCCAAUGUGCAUAUCCGGGGGUGGGUGUGUCGGACGAACACGCAUAGUAACACGGCGUUUCGCGGGUUCGGGGCCCCGCAGAGCAUGUUUGUGACGGAGAGUAUGAUGUAUGCGGUGGCGGAGGGGUUGGGGGUCGAUGUGGAUGAGUUGCGGCGGCGGAAUCUGUAUGCGGUUGGGCAGCGCACCCCGUUUCUGCAACAGAUCGAUCAGGAUUGGCAUGUACCGAUGCUCUUGGAGCAGGUGCGGGUGGAGGCCCGGUAUGAUGAGCGCCGGCGCGAGGUGGAGCGGUUCAAUGCGACGCAUCCCUGGCGGAAACGGGGGAUUUGUCUCGUUCCAAGCAAGUUCGGGAUUUCCUUCGCCACCGCCCUGCAUUUGAAUCAGGCGGCCGCCUCGGUGAAGAUCUACACCGAUGGGUCGGUCUUGCUCAACCACGGCGGCACGGAGAUGGGCCAGGGUCUGUACACGAAGAUGGCGCAGGUCGCCGCGCAGGCGUUGGGGGUGCCCUUGGAGAGCAUCUUCACACAGGAUACCUCGUCGUACCAGACGGCCAACGCCUCCCCCACCGCUGCCUCCUCCGGCAGUGACCUGAAUGGUAUGGCCAUCCAGGACGCAUGCAACCAGCUCAACGCCCGCCUCCAACCCUACCGCGAGCGUCUGGGGGUGGGGGCCUCGAUGGCGCAGCUCGCCCACGCAGCGUACCGCGACCGGGUGAACCUGACCGCGAGCGGGUUCUGGAAGAUGCCGCGCAUCGGGUACGAGUGGGGGACGUACGAUGUGGGGAAAGUCAAGCCGAUGUACUAUUAUUUCACGCAGGGAGUGGCGUGUACGGAGGUCGAGCUGGAUCUGUUGACCGGCGAUCAUACGGUGUUGCGCACGGAUAUCAAGAUGGAUGUCGGGCGGUCGAUCAAUCCGGCGAUCGAUUACGGGCAGAUCGAGGGGGCGUUUGUGCAGGGCCAGGGGUUGUUCACGAUGGAGGAGAGUCUGUGGACGAGGAGUGGCCUGUUGGCGACGCGCGGGCCGGGGAAUUAUAAGAUCCCGGGGUUCAGUGAUAUUCCCCAGGUGUUCAAUGUCAGUUUCCUGCAGGGGGUGUCGUGGGAGCAUUUGCGCUCGAUUCAGUCGAGUAAGGGGAUCGGUGAGCCGCCGCUUUUUCUGGGCGCAACGGUGUUGUUUGCGUUGAGGGAUGCGCUGCGGAGUGCGAGGGAGCAGAAUGGCGUGCAGGGGCAGUUGGUGUUGGAUAGUCCGGCCACCGCGGAGAAAUUGCGCUUGUUGGUGGGGGAUGAGUUGGUGCGGAAGAGUACGGUGGUUGCGAAGGAGGGUGAGACGAAUUUCUUUGUGGCGGUAGCUUAA